GUCCUAGUGAUUGGUGGGGGACCAUGUGGACUGAGGAUGGCCAUCGAGUGUGCCCUGCUCGGGGCACGCGUGGUGCUGGUGGAGAAGAGGGACAGUUUCUCCAGGAACAAUGUCCUCCAUCUCUGGCCCUACCUCAUUACUGACCUCAAAAAUCUUGGCGCGAAAAAGUUCUUUGGCAAAUUCUGUGCUGGAGCCAUUGAUCAUAUCAGUAUUCGACAGCUCCAAUGUAUCCUGAUGAAGGCUGCACUAAUCCUGGGGGUGGAGAUCCACUGUAAUGUGGGGUUUGAGGGCAUCCUGGAGCCUCCCGAGGACCAGUCCACUCACAAGGUGGGAUGGCGAUGCAAGGUGGACCCUCCAGAUCAUCCAGUGUCGGAGUAUGAAUUUGAUGUCCUCAUUGGUGCUGAUGGCAAGAGGAACACACUACAGG